GGUAUGCAUUGACAAUCACUCGCCUACGCCGUGUACAAAUAAAACCGCUGCCUGAAACGCUUGCACGCUUGUUUCCACUCCCCGGGUUUCCUUUGCAAGGCCGUAUUCCCUUUUCAUAGCUACGCUCACAUAUGUAGUGUCUUUGUCUCCCGAAACCGCACGCAGUAUGGAAUCGCGCAACUCUCCGCCCGCAAUAUUGCGCACUUUCGAGUUUUGGGGGCGAGCGGCCUCAAUUUACGGCACGUAUAAAGUAGCGCAACUGCAUGCGCUAGGUCUGAAGGUGCUCGGACGGUCCGAUGCGGAGAUUCAGGAGUCGGUAUGGGUCCCCCAGCACACGCAAGCCGGCGAGAAGAUGUACGAGCUCUGCAUUGCACUACGGGGAUUUUACCUGAAGGCGGGCCAGUUCAUCGGCUCUCGCGGGGAUUUUGUGCCAGAACAAAUCUGCAAGAAGUUGACGCUGUUGUGCGAUAAGGUGCCGCCCAUGUCCGCCGCCGCCACCAAGGCCGCGCUGCAGCGGGAGCUGGGCGUGCAGGACCUGGGCCAGCUGUUCGAGUGGAUAGACCUGGAGCAGCCGCUGGGAAGCGCCUCCAUUUCGCAGGUGCACAAGGCGCGGCUGCGGCGCUUCAGCCGCUCGGAGCUGGCGCGCGCCGCCAACAGCCUGAAGCGGCAGCGGCCCUCCGACUGGGAGGUGGCGGCGGGGCAGGGCGCCUGGGACGUGUGCAACGCACUGGGCAUGAGCCUGCGGGAGCUGCGCAGCCUCAACAAGGGUGUGGACCUGGACCACCUGCAGCCGGGCCAGCGCAUCAAGGUGCUGCAGCCCAAGUGCCUGCAGCUGCACGACCACCAGCCCGCGGGAGCGGCGGGCAGCGCGGCCGGGGGAGCAGGCAGCGGCAGCGGCGGCGGCAGCGGCAGCGGCGGGGCGCGCGGCCGCAGCAGUAGCAGCAGUAGCAGCAGUGAUGGGGGAGGCAGCGGCAGCAGCUCGUCGAGCCCAGACCUGCCUCCGGCUGUAGCGGCGCUGAUGCACGCGGUGGCGGUGGGGGAUGCGCCCAAGAACGGCCUCGUGGCUGUCAAGGUGCAAUACCCCGACGCGCUGCCUGUGAUGACUUCGGACCUGUCCAACAUCCGCGCCGCCGCCUUCUACCUGUCCAAGACAGAGCUCAAGUUCGACCUGGUGUCGGCGGUGGACGAGCUGAACAAACAGAUUCGACUGGAGUUCGACUUCACUCGCGAGGCGCGCGUGAUGGACACGAUAGCGGAGCACCUGGCUCCCAUCUCGUCCCGGCUGCAGGUGCCGCGCACCGUGGGCGGCCUGGUCACACGGCGGGCGCUGGUCAUGAGCUUUCUGGAGGGCGUGCCGCUGCUUGAGGCCAGCUCCCGGGUGGCGCAGCUGUCGCCGCUGCAGCGGGACCUGGCCAAGCGCCGCAUCCUCACUCGCGUGUCGGAGGCGUACGGACGCAUGAUCUUCGGCGAGGGGCUGUUCCAGGCCGACGGCCACCCGGGCAACAUCCUGAUCGGCCGCGGCGGGCGCGUGGGGCUGCUGGACUACGGCCAGUCCAAGCAGCUGCCGGACCAGCAGCGCCGCGGCUUCGCGGAGCUGGUGCUGGCGCUGAACAAGGGUCGCCCGGCCGACAUCUCCGCGGCCCUGGCCCAGCUGGGUGUGGUGACCGAGAAGAACGACCCGGGCCUGCGCAGUGAGAUGGCGUACGGCAUGUUCGACACGCGCGGCAAGGUGGACCCGUUCGACCCCAACUCGCCCAUCAAGCGCUCCGCCAUCUCCACCUUCCCCGCAGACCUGUUCUUCGUGCUGCGGGUGGUGCAGCUGCUGCGGGGCCUGGCCAACGGCAUGGGCAUUAAUGACUUCUCCAGUGCGCGGCAGUGGGCGCCGUACGCGCGCGACACGCUGUCCCGCGCGCGGCGGGGCGAGGGCGGGCGCUACGGGUUGCGCCACUUCUUGUGGCCGCUGCACGGCAUCAACGUGCUGCCGCUGCAGUUCCCCUGGCGCGGCGGUAGCGCGCGAUAGCGUGCGGGAGACCAGGGUGCGGGGUGGGGGUGGGUGGGUGGGAGGUUGCAGGGGGAAAUGGCAAGAGCAGUGGGGAAGCAGGCGGAGGGUGGGCACGCAUUGGUGGCCGGCGGCUGGUGGGCAGGCGGGCAGGCAGGCGGGCAGGCAGGCAGGCAGUGGUGCGCAUCAGGCUCGUAGGUUACAGGCGCUACAGCCCAUAAGCCCACAAGGGCACGCCUGCGACGCGCUAGGGCUCCGGGCCAAGCAGCAGAGCGGUGCGGCGGAGGUGCUGAGCAGCGUUCAGGCGGUGAGCGGUCAUGGCGAGCGGUCGGGAGCUGUGGGGGUGUUGCUGGCGUGCCUGGGGGCUCAGCAUGUGAGGGUACAGCCGUACAGGGCAUGGACAGGCCCCAUGCGGCGCAGUCCCAACUGUUGUUGGUGAUGGACCAGGGUUGUCGGAACGUGAGGGUGGUAUCAAAGAUGCCUUUGGGAAAGGUGGUAGUGUCGGGUAGUGUAGGAUCACGGCAGUUCCUGACUUCCUAUGUUGCUAUGCAAGCGCUGCCUUGUUGAUGUUUCUCUUGUGCAGUCCUCACGCUCCGGGAUCUCGGUGCGUGGUGGACUGCUUUUCUGUAGCGACUUUGCAUGUGUACAGCGGGGUUCAUCAACGCCACCAGGGGCCCCUGAACGCCACCGGUGGCUGGGUGCUCACUUGCGCUGGCGAUUCAUCUUCCGCGGGGGUUCGACACUCCCGCGUCGUACUACCGGCAUUAUGUGCAACUUCGACCGAUGCCUAACAGCAAUGAGGGUUUAAGUCACUGCAGGGCUUGACACGGGGGCGUGCAGAUUACGCUGCGGUCGCGAGUGUAAUACCCUAAUGAC